CGUGUUCUUGCUUUAGGCAAGAAGUGUUAAGCUGUAAGAGAAGACCUUUGUAAAAGAGUGAGCUUGUGGCAAGACUGAAAGCCAGGAUCCAGACACAUGGCGACUGCAGGAAAGGUGAUUAAAUGCAAAGCCGCAAUCAUCUGGGAAGCUGGCCAAAUGCCUUCUGUGGAGGAGGUGGAGGUGGCACCACCAAGAAGCCAUGAAAUUCGAGUGAAGAUAGUGGCCACUGGGAUCUGUAGGACGGAUUAUCAAGUAGUGAAAGGCAUUUUUGCUAACAUAGACUACCCAGUUAUUGUAGGUCAUGAAGGAGCUGGAAUUGUUGAAAGUAUUGGACCAGGAGUCACUUCUGUAAAGCCAGGUGACAAAGUCAUUCCUCUUUGUCUUACCCAGUGUGGAGAAUGCAGCUGCUGUUUAAGUCCUAAAACUAACUGUUGCCUCAAGAACCACCUCUAUGAACCUGUUCAAAACCUGAUGCCAGAUAAGACCAGCAGGUUCACCUGCAGAGGGAAACAGAUCCACCACUUCCUAUGGACGAGCACAUUCUCCGAAUACACGGUUGUGCCUGAGGCUUCCAUCACAAGAAUCCACAAUGAUGCUCCACUGGAUAAAGUCUGCCUCUUUGGUUGUGCAUUUUCCACUGGCUAUGGAACCGCUGUCAAUUACGCCCAGGUUGAGCCAGGCUCUACCUGUGCCGUCUUCGGCUUGGGAGGUGUCGGUCUGUCUGUUGUUAUAGGCUGCAAAGUCGCUGGAGCAUCCAGGAUUAUUGGGAUUGACAUCAACAAAGAUAAAUUUACUAAGGCCAAAGAGUUAGGAGCCACAGAAUGCAUGGCUCCUCAAGAUUUCAAGAAGCCCCUGAAUGAGGUUAUUGUAGAGAUGACAGGUCUUGGUGUGGACUACGCAUUUGAAGCGACAGGAAAUAUUGACACUGUGGUCACUGCCCUUAAAUCCUGCCAUGUGGGCCAUGGCACCUGUGUGCUGGUUGGAGAACCUCCUGCAGGGGCACAGUUCUCAGUCGAACCUAUUCUGCUCCUCACGGGAAGGAAACUAACAGGAUGUUUGGUUGGAGGUUGGAAGUUAAAAGAUGCUGUCCCUAAACUAGUUUCUGAUUACAUGAACAAGAAAUUUAAUAUGGAUGCAUUAAUAACUCACACAUUGCCUUUUGAUAAAAUUACCGAAGGCUUUGAGCUUUUACUUGCAGGAAAAAGUAUUCGCUGCAUUUUGUUGUUUUAAACUUCCAGAAGCAACUAGUAAAAGGGGUCUCAGCUGUAUACGUACCUUUGCAUCCCUCCCCAAAUUCAACAGAAAUGGUUGAGGGUUAAGUCAGCAAUUAUACAGUAGGCUAAAGAUUUAGGACAUAAUAUAUAAAUGAAUACAUGGAGAAAGCUGUGGAAAGUUGACAUGAAAUUUACUGCUUAAUAUGCUUUAAAAUAGAAUUAUAUGAAAAUGAUGUAUUGAUGGUAUCUAACACCUAACAAAUUGUCUAAAAUGUAUAAGAAGGUUCCUCAAGUAGAUGGAUCUUUUUUCAUAGGGUGGAUUUGUAAGAAAGCGAGGGUAUUUUGGGAAAUGAUAUAUGCCAAGAGAAAAAAAGAUAUU